CUUAAAUCUGUCUUCUCCAUUCGGCAGCCAAGCGGUUCGGACGUGAAGUGGUGUUAGCUCGUGUAGUUCAUAAGUCGAUAUUUUCGAAUUAAAUAUCUAAUAAUAAAUAAAAUACGAUGGCCGAUCAGGAGAACAAGGACUUCAGCGAAGACAUCGCCGAUCAGAGCUUUGAACAGAACGGUGACACCGAAAACGGCGGUGGUGACGCCACAGAAAAUGGCCAGGAAUCUCAGGAGGACAGGUCAGGUGGAGCUAACCAGGAGUCUCUCAAUGAUAGAAAAUUAUUCGUUGGUGGGCUCAGUUGGGAAACUACUGACAAGGAGCUCAGGGAUCAUUUUGGUUCAUACGGUGACAUUGAAAGCAUCAAUGUCAAGACAGAUCCAAACACCGGACGUUCUCGAGGAUUUGCAUUCAUAGUAUUUGCCCGAGCUGAAUCCCUAGACAGGAUCAUGGCUGCUGGGGAACAUGUGAUAAACAACAAAAAAGUAGAUCCCAAAAAAGCUAAAGCUCGACAUGGCAAAAUCUUUGUUGGAGGUCUUUCCACAGAACUGACUGAUGAUGACAUCAAGAAUUUCUUCUCCCAAUUUGGUUCGAUCGUUGAAGUAGAGAUGCCAUUUGACAAAACAAAGAAUCAAAGGAAAGGGUUCUGUUUCAUCACAUUUGAAUCUGAACAAGUAGUCAAUGAGCUGCUGAAGACACCCAAACAAACGAUAAAUGGAAAAGAGGUUGACGUGAAGAAAGCUACUCCCAAACCUGACGGAAUGGGUGGUAUGCGUGGCAGCGGUGCCGGCGGUCGCGGAGGACGUGGAGGUCGCGGAGGCAGAGGGCGAGGAUUUGGUGGUCAGGGCGGAUGGGGUCAGGGUGGUUAUGGAGGUGGUUAUGGCGGCGGCUAUGGCCAGGGAGGAUAUGGAGGUGGCUAUGAUGGUUACGGAGGUGGAUACGACUAUUAUGGCGGUGGUUAUGGCGGUUAUGGUGGCUACGACUACAGCGGAUACGGCCAUUAAUUGAAGCACUAAAUACGCGGCAGACGCUAUAGUUGGUCGAUUUAUAUGACGAAGAAAAUUUGUAUAUCGAGACGAUUUUGAACAGGAUAAUUCUAUGUAUCCAGAUAGAAAUAUGGCGAUUGUGAAAGGUUAUUUAAUGUUAUUUGAUUUUUUUUUUCUUUGUCUCUUUCGUAUCACGGAUAUAGUUAUGACAGAUUGUUCCUAUCCGCUGUAGUUACGUUACGAUUUACUGUAUCGAUCACUUACAUGGAAAAACUUUCUGUUGGACUCUUGAAAUGGUGGUGGAACAACAUGGCUGAUGCGCGUCUGCUCUGUAUAUAGUGCUCUUUCAGAGAGGCAAAUGAUUUUGGGUUCAGCAGACUAUAUCUUAACGAAUAUACAACACAAUAUUUAUAUUAAUACGUGAACAAAGCCUCAUCAGGCUUUGAUCCCACUAUCCAAAUAGGUUUUAAAUUCUCUUCAAAUAUCGCUGAACCUUGUUAUAUCUAUGUACCUAACUUAUGAUCGAGUCGGUACACAUUUCAGCAUGUAGCCUCAUGAUUAGCUGUGAAAAGAGAUCAGAUAAUCACGAUAAACUUAUUGACAUGGUGCUGAAUUAUGCUCACAUUUUUUUUAGAAUACCUUCAGACACUUUUUGUUGAUGUGUUUAUUUAUUGAUUUUGUUUCCUCUUUUCAUGAUUUUAAAUCGAUGUGAAUUCUUUUUCUUUUUUUUUUAUUUCUUUAUACAUCAACAGAAGAUGUAUGUAUAUAUGUAUUUAAUUUACCUAAAGAGAUUGGAGUAGAGAACAUAACAAACAAUUUGUUGUACUACUCUUUUGGCAUCAGCCAUCGUGUUACACUGUGACCAACUAACUUAAAUGCGUUAUAUCGUUAUAUUCUUUGAUGCCUUGUUAUGAUAUAUUUACUUGAUAUGCUAUAAAAUGAAUGAAUAUAUAACUCAUUAACAAUAUCCUAUAGGAAAAUAUAAUAUGUAACAGUGAAAGUGUGAAGACAGAUGAGCUCUGACUAUUUUCUGAUUAAUUCAAUCCAACGGCGCGUUCAACGCAUUGAGCUAUACUUUGUGCGACUAUAUUUGAUUAGUGCAUAUAUUUCGCCACCCCAAUCUGAUGAAUUUCUUAUUCCUUUUCCUUGGACUAUCGAAAUUUUAAAUGACAUUAGAUUGAUACGUUUAUUAUUAACUUCAUGAAUAUUCAACACUCGUGAUAAUAUUUUUUGUUAUUAAUUUUUUGUUCUCAAUUUUCUAUCUUUCAUACGUUCACUGAUUGAUGUCAGUGAAUAGGUGGAAUUUAUUGUUUGUAAUAUCUUUUUUCCAAAAUUCUGCAGACUCACUGACUUCAAAUCCACGCAAUCACUGUAACAUAAUUAUAUAGAAACCAAAUAUACGGUAAAUAUAAAAAGAAAGUGUACAGGAUAAUACCAAGUACAACAUGCAAUAUCCUCUCGUUCCCGCAUUUCAGUCCUGUCAUUAUCCAAUAAUGCAUGUCUGUUUGCAACUCGUCAUCACAUCUCAUUUUUCAUGAAAUGGUUAGCCGAAUACAUGCUUUCUGUUUAGGGGUUAUUGGAAAUUUGUUAACCGCUUUAAAAACGCGUUGGCCACUCUCUGCCAAAUAAUCACAUGUAUCGUUUCUAGAGAAGUUCAUUCAAAACGAAAGUGUAGCUUUCACGAAACUAAGUAUCAUCAUUUUGAAGCGGUCAGAGCAUCUUUAAUGCCCCCGUAAAAUAUAAACGUUUUAACAGUACUUUUGAUUUACAAUUCUCUGUUGGUACAUAAGCCAAGUAUGUAUUUUGAUUGUUUUAAACUUGUCCCAACAAGCCAGACGUAUCGUAAAUGAUUUAGUAAAACCAAUCAAAAUCUAA